AUGGAGGAUGGGCACAUGUACACUAGCUACUCGCUCCUGAAACGCCGCCACAUGAUUGACAACGAUCGAUGCCCAUGGUGCAAUGAUAAAACGGAAACAAUCAAUCAUGCUCUCUUCUUGUGCCCAACUGCCAUUGAUUUAUGGCAAGAAAGUGAUAGUGCUGAACUUGUCUGCACGAACGAAGAGGAAGAUUUUAAAGAAUUGUUAUUGCGCUGGCAGGGGCUCGACGAACAGAAAAGACGCAAGGGAGCUUCCUUGAUAUGGUGGGUUUGGGGGAGGAGAAAUGAGAAGGUUCCAUCUUCUUUGCUGGUCCGAGAUACGGUCUUAAGACUAGUCGAAAAUCAUGGAAAGUACACUGCAAGCCACAAUGAGACUGCUCAGGUCCCGACUGGUCGCAGCUCUCGAGUUUGGAAGCCGCCCCCUGAUGGCAUUGUCAAGGUAAAUUGCGACGCUUCUCUAAGUGCUCAAGGUUGGAUUGGCUUGAGGGUAGUAGCGAGAGACUCAAACGGGGAUGUGGUGUUCGUUGGCUCUCGUCGAACAAGAGGCGAAUGGCCUCCCGAAAGCUUAAUGCAGGAGUGUGUUGCUUGCGGAAAUUGCCAAGGUGUUAUAUCUCGCUUAACCAAAAUGACCACCUAUUUCUCGGAUUUAGACUCAAUUCUUGAGGAUGUUUUAUUUUUCGGUUCUUCUUUUGAUGAUGUAAGUUGGUCUCAUGUCAAAAGGGAUGGUAAUGUUGUUGUCCAUCACCUUGCUAGAUUAGUGUCGUUUGGUUUUGACCAAGUAUGGGAACACCACUGCCCAUCGGAGGUUUUCCCAUAUGUACUGAUGGAUACAUUGUCUAUUGAUUAA